AUGACCAGUCUUCCUCCCGAGGUUGUUGCUGAAGUUGGACAAGUCCGCUUGUUUAAUAAGUGGAGUUUUGACGAUGUAGAGGUCAAAGACAUAUCAUUGACAGACUAUAUUCAGAUCCGCAAUCAUGUAUAUUUGCCCCACACAGCUGGUCGCUUCUCCGUGAAAAGAUUUAGAAAGGCACAGUGUCCAAUCGUAGAACGUCUAACAAAUUCAUUGAUGAUGCACGGGAGGAAUAACGGGAAAAAGCUUAUGGCUACCCGCAUCGUCAAACACGCAUUUGAAAUCAUCCAUCUACUCACCGAUCAGAAUCCUAUUCAAGUCCUGGUAGAUGCUAUCAUCAAUACCGGGCCCAGAGAGGAUUCUACACGUAUUGGGAGUGCUGGCACUGUUAGAAGACAGGCCGUGGAUGUGUCGCCUUUGAGGAGAGUUAAUCAGGCUAUUGCUCUCUUGACCAUCGGGACGCGUGAAUCAGCAUUCCGAAAUAUUAAGAGCAUUGCUGAGUGUUUGGCGGAUGAGCUCAUAAACGCCGCAAAGGGGAGCUCAAACUCGUAUGCAAUCAAAAAGAAGGAUGAGUUGGGUGAGUGA